AUGAGGUCCUCCAGAUCCUCCAGCACAUGGAGGUGGUACGCCGCCAUUGGUGCUCUACUACCAGGCUUGUUGGCCAACGCAAGUCCAUCGGUCAAUGUGGCAUUACAGGCCUCAUUCGAUGCGUCCCCAUAUCUUGUGGAGCUACUAGAGUCUGCUGCCGAAGAAAAUGCCACAUCCUAUUUCCCAUUACUUGAUUGUGUUGCCAACGGAGCAUUCGAAGAUACCACUACGGAAAAAGAGCUAUAUGAGCGCUUCUUGCAGGUUGUCCAUGAAGAUGGACACUUGCGUACUGCUGAGGCCCUUUCUUCCUUCAAAUUAUCGCUUGCAGUCCGAUCAUCUGCGCCCCGGAUUCAGGCACAUUAUCAAUACUAUAAUACAUCUGUUCAGCAUUCGUUGAUGGUAGCGCAGGAUGCGGUUUGUCCUGUGUGGGUUCACUCUGAAGGGAAGCAGUAUUGCUCUUCGGCAAUGGAACGAGCGCAGCAAGAUGUGGAGGGAGAUUUAGAUCCUAGGGAAUUACCGUUCGAUCGAGUUCUUGGUGAUAUUUCAUUACCUCCGACUAUUCUUUAUGCGGAUGUAUCUUCGCCUAUGUUCAGAGAAUUCCACGAGACAUUAAGCGAAAUGGCGAAAGAUGGCCAAAUCUCAUACCGAGUCCGGUACCGACCUCCUCAGCACUGGACAUCUCGCCCAUUAUUCGUCUCCGGCUAUGGUGUAGAGCUUGCAUUGAAGCGAACAGACUACAUUGUGAUUGAUGACCGAGACGCUGAAAAGCGUGGUGAUGUUGCUGAGGAUAUCUCAGUAGAGGCAUUGGAAGAAUUGAAGGAAGACUCCCCGGAUGACUUGCGACCUCUUUCUUCUUCCGAGGUUUCAAGACUGGGCUGGAAUACGGCGGCUUACAUCAUGGAUAGUGAGAAGCCUCUUGAUACCAUGAUCAAGUUAUCUCGGAACUUCCCAAAGUAUUCAUCUACAGUGGCCGCUCAUAAUGCCACUGAUGCGUUAAAGAAAGAAAUUCGUCUUAACCGAGCGCGAAUGAUCCCGGCAGGUGCGAAUGCUUUGUGGAUCAAUGGUGUUCAAAUGGAUCAAAGUCAGUUUGAUGCUUUCUCGCUCAUUGGCCACCUUCGUCAGGAGCGUCAGUUGAUUGAGAAAUUUAAGAACCUGGGUCUCUCUGCUCAGGAGGCUGUGAAGCUUCUAUCACACCCACUACUUGCGGAAUCUCACGCAGAGGAUGACGCACCGCGUUAUGAAUUCAGAGAUGAAUUAGAUGGCGGCGAGGUCAUCAUUUGGUUGAAUGAUCUCGAGAAAGACUCCAGGUAUCAGGAUUGGUCUGAUGAUCUUGAAGCGUACUUCCAAAGUGCCUACCCAGGCCAGAUGCCACAAGUGGCCCGCGACCUACACAAUAUUGUCGUUCCUAUCGAUUUAUCAAACCCAGAAGAUAUGCUGUUGGUCAUCCAGCAACUUCAGACAUUCAUCAAGCGGAUGAUCCCUGUGCGGUUUGGCUUGGAGACCUUUGGUCUUUCAGCUCUUUUUAAGUACCUGGAAGAAUCUGCUUCAAAGAUGAAGGCCGGGAACCCAGAAAAGUCUCUAUUUACGGCCGUGACCAAGAAUCGAAAGCCACGCACUGAUAAGGAAACUAUGUCUUUUGAAGAUGUGCUCAAGAACGAACACCUGAAGACUAUUGCUACUCGGGCAGCUAGCUACCUUCGCCGUUUGAGUCUCAGCGGAAAUGAGCCUCAUUUCCUUGUCAACGGAAUCCCCAUCUCUCGCGAAGGGAACUGGAUGCAGGAAAUGAGUAUGCAAAUUAGCAAGGACUUGAAACUGGUUCAGCAGGGGAUCGCCGAAGGUAUCUUUGAGGAGACAGCCUGGCUUCCAGAGUUCUUCCUAUCGACCGCAUUUGAAAGACGCAACACUUUCCUCAUGCCUGAAGACCCGAAAAGUGUACAGAUUGUGGAUCUAAGCAAUGUUUUUGGAUCCGACCAAAAUGCUCUGGAUAGUGUUAUUCAUUUUUCAUCUAGCAAAAACGCGUUGGAAACUGUUCAAAUCAUCGCUGUGUGCGACUUCGAAUCUGAAGAGGGCUUGAUCCUGCUGACUGAUGCUUUGAGCUUCCGCAAAGAGCAUGAUGAAGUCGAUCUUGUCCUAUUGCACAAUGGGGCUGCUGAUUCUGAGAGCACCUCGAACUUUGACAAGAUUCACACCGCACUGGCCAAUGGCGAUGAUGUUGAGCAGGUUCUUGUCACUAUUGCAUCCUUGGAUGAUCUGGCUGAAGUUUCUCAAUCAGAUGAUCAAAGCACAUAUGUUCAUCAGCGUGAGCUGGCAGGCAAACUCGCCUUCAAGGCCGGCAGUGCGGGUCUCGUUGUGAACGGAAGGGUAGUAGGCCCCAUUGAGGGAGAAUUUACAAUGAGCGUGGAUGAGAUGCUCCAACUCGUUACAUAUGAGCACAGCAAGCGUAUUGGCCCUGUGGCAAGGGUUUCAAAGGGCCUGAAAUUGGAUCAAAAGAUAACUUCAGCAUUCGACCUUGCCAAGCUUACUUCCUUGGUGUCUCUGUCGACGGUGUCGGAUGUCCCAGAGGGUCUCAUGGAGAACACACUAGACUACAGGCUGGAUGUGUCUGAUCACUGGAGGACAGACCAUUCCGUAAUUACUGUUUCCAAUACCGAGGACCCUGCAAUCAACAUUGCCGUUGUGCUCGACCCUGCUUCCGAGGAAGCUCAGCGAUUGCUUCCCAUUCUCAAAGUGCUUUCUGAAUUGGCCGGUGUCAAAUUGAAGAUUUUCAUGAACCCGAAGGAGGAGAUCAAAGAGCUACCUGUCAAAAGAUUCUAUCGUUAUGUCCUGGAGUCAGAACCCUCCUUCACCAGUGACGGCUCUCUCUCCCGCCCUGAAGCAUCUUUCCAUGGAGUACCAGUUGAAGCCUUGCUUACACUGGGCAUGGAUGUACCUUCUUCAUGGCUUGUCGCGCCAAAGGAGUCUGUAGUUGAUCUGGAUAAUAUCAAGCUGAGCUCAGUCAAGAAUGGUGCCAACGUUGACGCCAUUUAUGCACUAGAGCACAUUCUGAUCGAAGGACAUACUCGAGACCUCACCCUCAAGACUCCCCCACGAGGCGUGCAGCUCAUUCUGGGCACUGAGGAGAACCCUCAUUUCACUGAUACACUCAUCAUGGCAAACUUGGGCUACUUCCAGUUCAAAGCUCAGCCCGGUCUAUGGCAGAUUAACCUCAAGCCCGGACGCAGUGAAAAGCUAUUCAAGCUCGAGAGCGUCGGCGGCUCGGGGUACCGUCCUCAGGCCGGAGACGAGAACAACGAAGUUACUCUCCUCUCCUUUCAAGGCCGUACGCUCUUCCCUCGUCUCUCCCGCAAACCAGGCUAUGAAACAGAAGACGUCCUCGAAACAGGUCAACAGUCUGGAUCUAUGCAAUUUGUCUCUAAGGGCCUCAAUUUCGCAUCAGGCGUCCUCUCCAGUGUGGGCGUAGGCUCUAAGCCCGCUGAGCAGAAUGCCGAUAUCAACAUCUUCUCCGUUGCAAGUGGCCACCUCUACGAACGGAUGUUAAACAUCAUGAUGGUCUCCGUCAUGAAGCACACGAAACAUACCGUAAAAUUCUGGUUCAUCGAACAAUUCCUCUCUCCUUCUUUCCGUGCAUUCCUCCCUCACCUCGCAGCCGAAUAUGGCUUUUCCUACGAAAUGGUCACCUACAAAUGGCCGCACUGGCUACGCUCUCAGCGUGAGAAACAGCGCGAGAUCUGGGGAUACAAGAUCCUAUUCCUGGACGUCCUAUUCCCUCUCUCACUUGACAAAGUAAUCUUCGUCGACGCAGACCAGAUUGUCCGAACUGAUAUGUACGAUCUCGUUUCACACGAUCUUGAAGGUGCUCCAUAUGGUUUCACACCAAUGGGUGACUCCCGUACUGAGAUGGAAGGUUUCCGAUUCUGGAAACAAGGAUACUGGGAUACGUAUCUCCGUGGCAAGCCAUACCAUAUCUCGGCACUCUACGUGGUUGACCUGAACCGGUUCCGUGCACUCGCGGCAGGUGAUCGGUUAAGAGGACAGUACCAGAUGCUCUCUGCCGAUCCAAACAGUUUGAGUAAUUUGGAUCAGGAUUUACCGAAUCAUAUGCAGCAUCAUAUCCCGAUCCAUAGUCUUCCACAAGAAUGGUUGUGGUGUGAGACUUGGUGUUCGAAUGAGGAUCUGGCGAGUGCUAAGACGAUUGAUCUUUGCAAUAACCCGUUGACUAAGGAGCCUAAGUUGGAGAGGGCAAGGAGACAGGUUCCUGAAUGGACGGUUUAUGAUGAUGCUAUUGCUGAGUUGGCGAAGAAGGUUGCGGCGGUGGAUGAGGAGGUUGUGGACUUUGUGCGGAGUGGUGAGGAUAUUUCAACGGAAAGUGAGAGUGAUGAUGUAGAUGAGGUAAAUGAGGAUGAAAGACGCAAGGAUGAGCUAUAG